AUUUUAUCGUCUGGAACGCCCGUUUCAAUGAUUCGUGCGUGCGGUGAUUCAUACAGAUUGCAAACAAUAAAUAAAAUUACGCGUUAGUCAUUCGUAAUCUCUUGUGAAUUAAAAAUUAUUGUUAAAUAUUAACUAUAUUCAAAAUGUUUUCCACAAAUCCUAACUACACUAAGCUCAAAACUCACUUGAGACUUGCUAUAAAUAGGCUAAAAUUGCUAGAGAAGAAGAAAACGGAAUUAGCUCAGAAAGCCAGGAAGGAAAUUGCUGAAUAUAUUGCUGCUGGUAAAAGCGAGAGAGCUAAGAUACGCGUGGAACAUAUCAUCAGAGAGGACUACAUGGUGGAAGCUAUGGAAAUAGUAGAGAUGUACUGUGACCUCAUACUGGCAAGGUUUGGCCUUGUGACGCAGAUGAAGGAGCUUGAUGAAGGACUUGCUGAGGCGAUCUCUAGCCUCAUAUGGGUUGCUCCUAGAAUGCAUACCGACGUUCAGGAACUGAAAAUAAUAUCAGACCUACUCACAGCUAAAUACGGAAAGAUCUAUGCGGAUGCCUGCAGAAAUGAAAAUGUGAAUACUUUGAGUGACAAGUUAAAACACAAGAUGUCAGUGCAAAGUCCGCCUAAAAUACUUGUAGAGAGGUACCUGAUAGAGAUAGCUAAGAAUUAUAAUGUUGAGUAUGUACCUGAUGAACAAGUCAUGAGGGAGGAAGAAGGUAGGGACGCAAUGUUAAUAGACAUUAACGGUCCUCCAAUGCCUCCUGGUUUCAUUGGUUACCCGCAGCAACCAACUAUGACCAUGCCCAACCUGCCGCCGCCGCCACCACCAACAGUGACUCCGUUUGCUUAUCCUUCUCAACCAUCGGGCGGGAAAGUAGGUGGUUUUAUCGCGACUCCGCCGGCUUCGUAUGGCGGGCCCAGUCAGUCACCAAUGGGCUAUCAUCUGCCUCCUGGAGUCGAUUCUAAAUCCUUAAGCAAUAGCUUCUUGCAGGAUGAAAUGAGCAAUCUGCCUCCUGCUUAUGACAGCAUCCACCAUGAUUUGCCGCCACACGUGCCGAGUCCACCAGCCCCGAACGUGCCGACGCCGCAGCCCCGUUCUCGAGUCCCCAACCCGAAUCACUUCCCAGAGCUUCCCGACCUGCCAUCAGUACCAUCAGACCUCAUCCUCCCAUCAGUACCUCACAGUAACAACUCAAAUACUUCAAACAAUCAUCCCAACGCGCCCAAUGCCCCUGAUGAAAUAGAUUUCGAUGAUCUGAACCGUCGCUUCGAAGAGUUGAAGAAGAAAAAGUAAGGUAGAAUAAAUUGCCAGUCACUUAAGAUGCGGGAUUUGGAACGUUUCUACUUGAAGGAUAGUUACUAUUUUUGCCUUAUAAUGGAUAUUGUCUAUAUCUAUUUGUCUGUUGAUUAAGUUACUACUAAAGAAAAUUUUCGCCGACUUGCAUUUAGAGAGAUCGAUGAAGCUAUUUAGAGGUUCGCAGAAUCGUGUCUUUUUGUAUUUUAUUGUGUCUGUACUGAAUUGGCGUGACGAUAUCUACGACUAUUUACUGCAAUGUAAGUUGUCAAAUACUAUUUUAUCUCUAGUUGCUAAAUCUACCGACAGAUAGGUUAGAUAAUGGUGGUAAAUGUACGGGAGCGUACCGAAAUCGUUAUUCAUUAAAAAUAUUUUUGAGAUUAGUAUGGUCACAAAACCCGCAAGUAUACGACUGGCCUAAUAUAAGAUUAGCCGACGCUCACUUUUGAAUCUGAAUUUAUAUAAGUGUUGUUAACAGUAUUUGUAUUAAAAGAGCAUCGAUAGUUUUGUACUUCUGACACCGAAUGAAUUAAAUUCUUUGGUUAAAUUUAUUAAACGACUAGUUGGACACAACCAAUAAGCAAUAUUAAAGUAUGUGUAUGUGAUAUUUUGUUCAAAACUCCACAAAUAAAGAAGUAUGUAACCAAUAAUUUUAAAAUCGAUGCUUUAAUGAUCAAAAAUUAUUUGAUUUUCGCCAUUAGUAAAGUAAUUGAUAUUCAUUUUCAUUCACUCGGCUAUGUCUUUGCAAUCUUUGCGCUGUGACACUGAAACAAAAUCGAAUCGAAUAAUAGUCACACGCAUUCUCAUAGAAACAUGUGUUUUUAAUUUAUUUUUAACUUUCCUUAUAUGUUAAGGGCUCGAGCAGACUGGAUGCGUGUGCAUAUACGUGCACGUACCAUUUGAGUUUA